AGACCAAAGCUCCCAGCUAUGCGGCCGCUUUGUCCGCGCUGUGAUUCAGCAUGGUGUGACUUCCAGCGCGCGCUAUGAACGCCACAUGGGGUUUGGUGACGGUCCUGAGUCUGCUGUGCCGGACCGAGUCGAGGUGCUCACAGACCACCUACUACAAAAACUGCUGGAUCCGACGGUUCCCGGGGAUUUUCAUCAACAUGGAGGAGUCUCAGAGGAGAGGCGCGCAGCUGCUCAGGUUUUACCAGGAGGAGAGCGCGCUGAAGUGCAGCCGCUCCUGCUGCCUCACGAGGAACUUCUCCUGUAAUCUGGCGGUGUUUCAUCACGACACCAGCCAGGAGAACUGCCUCCACCUGCACUGUCCCACACUGGAGAGCUGCAUCCUGACGCACAGAAGCAACGUUGUUCUCUACAACAUCACAAACGGAGUGGACCCUGAUCUGUUGGUGUUUGGGAAAUACUUCACGUCCAACGUUCGAGUGUUACCUCACCACUUCAGCCGGAUGAACGCCUCCGAGCCGCUGCCCCCCGACAAGCGGCAGCUCAUCCAUCCUCCUCCUGAGAAGAUGACCUCCACCUCCCCGCCGACGCCUGGGACUCCAGCCAGAGAAGAGCACACCACCCCGGCACAGAGGACCUGUCAGCUCACAUCUGUCUCCUCUCCCUCUGGACAAACAUCACCGUCUUCAGGAAGUGACGUGUCUGCUUCUCCAUCCUCACCGGACUCCACCACACCUUCCACGGUCAGCACCGGUGUCCCAGCUGGCCAUCCCGACUCCCAGACUCCUCUGGACGUUUCUGCUACAGCUCCCUUCAUCUCCAGCCUCCAUCCAACCCCGGCCCACCACGACACGCCCAGCAGCACUGGACCCACCUGGACUCGGCUGAGCUCCACAGGCAGCAGCGAGGCCGGCCUCCAGAGGAACCAGACUGCAGGGGGUCAGGGGGUGGAGGGCGAGCUGGGACCCGGGUGGCAGGUGGCCGCGCACACCGUGCUGGUCUUAGUGUCCGUCUGCGUCACGGUCCUGCUGGGCUGCUGCUGCUCCGUGCUGCUGGUGGCCACCUGGAGGGGUCAGAGGAGGAGGAUGGGCCGCUACCGGACGUCGUGGAGAGGGAAGAAAGGCUCCAUGCGGCUGAUGAAAACUGACCACGUGUUGGUUAACGAUCCCUGGAGUUUCCUGGUUAAAAGAUGCUCCACCAGGUUGGAAAAUUAAAUCUAAUUUUAGAUGUGUCGCAGACAUUAGAAGAGUCUGUAGGGAUUUGUAAAUAGAGUUGACAAACACGAAAUGUAGAGCUCAGAGGUGUGGAAAUGCACUGGACAGUGUGGUGCACAGCUGGAAGGAAAUUAAUGAGAACUACACAUGGGUUUUUACGAUGUAAAAACAAGUGUGCAUUGCCAUGUAGCAUGGCUUUACCUGCAGCAGUGGACUUGCAGA